AUGGUACAAUCUAGCCAGGAUCAAGGUCAGGAGAAACUCCUGGAGUGUUCUUUGCCCCCAGAUAAUAACGUCAAGGAGGCUGAUGAAAUUAAUAGUGAUACGUUGUCCAAUAAUGAUUCCAAUCCUGGCGUUACUCGUAAAAGUAAUAACCCCUUUUUGAAUGCAGAUAGUAUAGAGACGCCACCUCCUUAUACAUAUACUUCAAUUAACUCAGAAGAACUAAAAAAAUAUCCGUUCAAAACGUUAAAUCGUAUUUUGGAUGAUAUUCAUUGGACAAUACCUUACAAGCUACAAUGUCCAGAUAUUAAUAAUUCGAGUCUUUUGAAUAGAAAGGCCAUUGAUUAUUCACAUGAAUUAGCAAGGAUUGCGAGUCUGAAUUCACGGUUGACGAAAUAUGAGAUGUUGAUACUUAGCAAUGCGUUGGAAUAUUCACCCUCGAUUGAGAAAAUUAGAAAUGAGGAUAAGAAUCAAACAUUAACGUUGAUAAGAGGGUUGAUUGUUAAUAAGAGUGAUGUCAAUCACUUCAUGCUCUCGAUCCUUGAAAAUGAUAUGGGUCAAUCGGCUUCGCAAGUUAUUGAUAAGCAUGAAUAUCACUUAAUACCAAAGCAUCUACUUUCGCAGGAUGAUUUAGACACUCUUUUAAGCAAGACUGAUAUCCCCAAAUUUCCUGAAAAUUUAAUAGAUGAUGCAUAUUUCAAGAGUCUUAACAGCCCAAAUAACCAUAUACUACGGGUUACUAUCUUCUCUCCCGAAUUUUCGAAUGAUGAUCUAUUUCCAUUGCACGAUCAGGAAACUAUUAAGAAGAGGUAUUUAAAUGAAAUUGAAAAACAUCCAGAUUCAGACUUAUCUCCAGAAACGAUACCAACAUCUGUCCAUUGCUUUAAGACUUUAGUAAAAGUGUUAAAAGGCCCAAUACUUCUUCCACCGGGUCAAUCGAUAAAGACAAUUAAUGUCAACAAUUCUUCUUUAAACUCUCAGCUUGAUUUGCAGCUAUUGUUUAAUAAGCUUUCGUUCAAGGUCAGUGAAAACGAAUUGAUUCCACCAGAUGUGGUAUCUAACCCCUACUUGCGUGAAUCGUAUAUUAGGAAGAUUCAGGAGAUAAUUUAUGUUGCAAGGAUUUAUGGAUCACAGCCGAAUGAAUUUAGUUCGGUAUAUACAUUUAGUGAUAGUUUAUCAUUGGUCUAUCGAACAUUCAAUGAGUUUGACAAGCAUAUGUGUCAGACAUUUGGAAGAAAUCACGAUUCCAAUCAAUUACCUUUUUGUAUUAACCUUAGCAUUUGUACAUUUUUCCAGGAUGAACUAAUAAUUAAGUGUUUUGAAAACACUAUUAAAUCAGACCCAUCAAACAAGUUGUACUAUGUUGAUUCAUUAAAAAAUGUGAUUAACUAUAGAACAAAUCUGACUUCAUCGAGUGGAAAAUUAAGGGCAUAUUACACAAAUCUUUCUCAAAAGGGUGAAUUAAUUGGCUUCAGUGAUUAUGAAAUUGCUUUGAAAGCUUUAGGUAUCGAAUCAGGUGCUGCUGAUAGUAACCGAAUAGACGACGACUUCGUAAUCGUGAUGUACACAACAUCAUAUAAAAAUGACCCUAAGAAUUAUGCAUACUUUAAUAAUCUUUUAAGAACGAUUGGAAAGGUGAGAAACAGUGAUACAAUUGACGAGUUUUUGAAAAAGGAAAUAAUUCCUCUAAACUUAGCGAUUGAUGAAUUGAAUAUAGAAGAACUAACAGAAGAUGAAGUGGUAAUUACAGCCUAUGAAUUUAAGAUGGAUGACACGCUAACCUCCAACGGGUUCAACACUAAUUCAAAUGAAGUUACUUUCUUGAAUAAAGCCUUGUUAUCAGUUGCAUUCCAUAGAAAGAGUUAUUUACUAAUGAACUAUAUUGAAGUUAAGUUGCCAAAUGUUAUAGGCGUCGGCGCGAAUUAUUCGUUCACAGAUUCGUUAGAGAUAUUGGAUUGUGAAUUAUCUGCAAACGACUUUGAAAUCAUAACUAAAUUUCAAAAUAAACUUACCAACUUGACUGAUCCUGGCGAUAUUAGAGUCUUGAGAUUGUGUCUUAAGACUGUGGCUGAAGAAAGAAAAUCAAAAAUUUUGUCCAGCUUUUUAGCUUCAGGUAAAAUAGACUCAUCAUUGUUACCUGCAGAAAACUGGCCGGCUGGUUUAGACAACAUCGGUAAUACCUGUUAUUUGAAUUCAUUAUUACAAUAUUAUUUUUGUAUAAAACCAUUAAGAGAUAUGAUUUUGGCUUUUGACGAACGAAAAAUUGAUCAAACCAAGCAAAAAAAUCGUAAAAUUGGUGGUAGAAAGGUAGAAGAUUCUGAAAUCCAAAGGUCGAACCAAUUUAUCUACCACUUGAGAAAUUUAUUCAAUAACAUGAUAUACACGGAUAUGAGAUGUGUUCAACCUAGCAAAGAAUUGGCGUACUUAUCAUUUUUACCACUAUCUCAACCUGUUUCAUUCAAAUCAGAAAAUAUAGGGGUUCAACCUGAGAAACAGGAUGUAAUUGAUAUUUCUGAUAAUCAAGAUGAGGUUGAAAAUUCAAAAGAUUCUCCAAUAUUGGUUUCAUCUGAAUCUUCCAGUACUUCGGGUGAAGUAGAAAUGAUUGAUGAGCCAUCAAUCAUUAAAAGUGAUGACGAUAUGACAUCGGAUUCCAUAGAAGACAUUUCUACACCAGAUAAAUCGAAUUCGAUUCACUCUGAUAGGAAGGACGAUGAACCAAGGAUUUUGCCUAUAAGUACUGAUCAGAUGGAAAGUACAAUUGAAGUCGGUAGACAACAAGACGUUACCGAAUGCAUUGAGAAUGUUACAUUUCAAAUUGAAACUGCAUUGGAACCAGAAUCUUUAGAAGACGACAAUGAACAGUAUGAUAUGAUCAAGAAAUUAUUCAGCGGUAAAACAAAGCAAACUAUAACUCCUUUGGAUGCUCAGGGGAAGGAAAGAAUAUCAUAUGAAAGAUUUUUCAGUUUGAUAAUUAACGUAAGUGACCAUCCGAAGGAUAUUUACGAUUCCUUAGAUAGUUAUUUUAGUGAGGAUACUGUUAAAUUAGAAGAAGGCCUCGUUAAGAAAUCCCUCACCAUUAGUCAACUACCAAACGUUCUUCAAUUCCAUGUACAAAGAGUGAUGUUUGACAGGGAAAAACUCAUGGCUUACAAAUCGAUCGAACCAAUUCCGUUUGGCGAAAACAUCUAUCUUGAUCGUUACUUGGAUACCGAGGACGAAGAUAUUUUAAGAAAGAGAAGUGAGGUUUUCCAAUGGAAGUCUGAAAUCAAACAGUUAAGAUCUCAGAAGGAUGAACUUUUACGUAUUGAUGACACCACGAAUUUAUCAAUUAUGGAUUCAUUAAUAGCCACUAAAAAAUUCUUAGAGGCAAAAGUGAUCACUCACGAAACAUUAAGCGUUAAAGCUGAAACAAUAGUUGUUCUCCAAGAGCAAAUUGACAAUUUAAAGCAAAAAUUAGAAACUAUAGAUAAUGAUUUGCAAAGUUUAGGUGAAAAAGUCUCCAACCAAUUUACGUCAUAUACCAAAGUUGGCUACUCUAUCUUCGCUAUUUUCAUUCAUAGAGGUGAAGCAAGCUAUGGCCAUUAUUGGGUUUACAUUAGAGACCCCAUUAAGAACGUCUUUAGAAAGUACAAUGACGAAACUGUAACUGAAGUGCCGGCAUCUGAAGUAUUCAACUUCGUAGAGGGGAAUACUGCCACUCCUUAUUAUAUUGUUUACGUCAAGGAUGAAUUGAAGGAGGAAUAUAUCGAGCCUCUUAAGAGAGUGAUCAAUAAAUGCUAG